AUGGCGGUGUCCUGGCCCGGGAUGGUGCAGUGGUGGGAAGAAUGGCAGCUCCGCGUGCUCGCGCUUAGCAGUCUCUUCCUCCAGUGCUUCCUCUUCGUCUCCGCCACCUUCCGCAGGUACCGCAUCCCGGCACUCUUCAGGACAUGCAUCUGGCUCGCCUACCUGGGCUCCGAUGCUCUGGCGAUCUACGGCCUCGCCACCCUCUUCAACCGCCACAGGAAGCCCGCGCCGGGGGCGGUGGCCGCCGCCGGCGGCACCAGCAACGGCCACGGGAGAUCUUCCAUGCUGGAGGUGUUGUGGGCGCCCGUCUUCCUCAUCCACCUCGGCGGGCAGGACACAAUAACCGCGUACAACAUCGAGGACAACGAGCUGUGGGCGCGGCACGCGGUGGCCAUGUCGUCUCAGGCCGCUGUGUCCGUCUACGUGUUCUGUAGGUCAUGGUCCGGCGGGAAGGUGCCGGUGCGCUGCCCGGUGGCGCUGUUCGUAGCCGGGUUCCUUAAAAUGGGUCAUAGACUGUGGGCUCUGCGGCGAGCCAGCAUUACGUGGCACGCAACCGUGAGCUCUGACCGUCGGAGCCGGAGGAAGACGACGGCGGAGGAGGAAGGAGGCGACAUGUCGUUAGAGAACUACAUACGGCAGGCAAGAGAACAAGCCGCCACCAGGAACAUCGACGACGCGGUGAACAUCAACGACGACGGCGAGGCUCGUCGGGCGGCCCGCCGCCGUAGCCGCGAGCAGCGGGCACAGUUGCUUGCACCCAAUAUCCUAGAGGAGCUCAUGGAGCUGUUCAUAGAUUUCCCCGCACCCUACGCUCGCCGGAUUGGCUACCUCACGUCCUUCAUGGCGCUCGAAAACUACGACGCCUACUACAACCUGUGCAAUCUUCUGGAUUUAGCAUUCCAGUUCUUCUACACCAAGAAGAACACCAACUACACCAUCGUCGGCAUCUUCCUGUGGGUACUCUUCUUCCUGCUGGGAAUCACGGCCGUCGCGGGCUUCGACGGGCUUGACAGCAACAAGGACGGACUUGACAGGGACGAUGUCAAGGUAACCUACAUCCUUCUGUGCUCUGCCAUCGUGAUGGAAUUCAGUUCCCUUGUUUGGCUGAACGACUGGAACUGGGUGCCAUUGUGGAUGCUAGCACCAGAAAUGCACCGCACUAUCGUGCAGUUCAACCUCAUCGGCUUCGCUGCCCGCAGCCGAUGGCCAACAAUGGUGAUGUGGAUCGCUACGUUGUUGGGGUGCAAGAACUAUGUCAACCAACACUGGUAUCUUGAACAUCGUUCCUCAACAGCAAAGAUCAUAGGUUUCAUCCGCAAGGACCUGACAUCCGGUUGGGUUAGCCUACGCAGCGUCGCCGACCACCGGAGAUUCAAUGACCGGCGAGGCCAUUGGACUCUCCGGCGGGAGCAAUGCUACGGGGAGCUAGGGUGGAGCGUAACGGAGUUGCCGUUCGACGAGGCCGUCCUUGUCUGGCACAUCGCCACGGCCAUCUGCCUUCACUGCACGGAUGUUCCGACGGCUGCUGAAGAUGCCGACGGCGCCAGCGCGGCGGCGCGCUCCAUGGAAAUAUCCAACUACAUGAUGUACUUGCUCCUGUUCCAGCCGGACAUGCUGAUGCCCGGCACCCAACAGAGCCUGUUCACCGUGGCCUGCCGCGAGAUCAGGCGUGCCUUGAGAAACCAGAGGCAGCAGGAGAAGCUCAGCGAGAGAGAGCUUGCACGUUGGCUCCUCUUCAGCGUCGACGAGCCCACCACGGCCGCUGCAGAGCAAGGAGGAGGAGGAGGAGGAGGAGAAGGCCGGCAUCUAGCAAAUGCGCGCAGGCUCGCCGGAGCGAUGAUGGAGCUGGACGCUGACAGGAGACUAAGGGUCAUCGGCGGGGUGUGGGUGGAGAUGAUAUGCUACUCCGCGAGCAGAUGCAGGGGGUUCCUGCACAGCAAGAGCAUGGGCGUCGGCGGGGAGUUCCUCACCGUCGUCUGGCUCCUGCUUCACCGGAUGGGCAUGGAGGGGUUGGCCGACAAGCUCCAGAGGCCAGAGCUUACUACUGGAGACGUGCAGGAUGCUGUUGUUGUGUAACCUAUAUAUACGUAUGAUCAUAUACACCUGUACGUACAAGUGUGGAGUUUUGCAGUGUCACUUGGCUCUUUGGAUAGUCGUUGCACGUUGCUUUGGUA